AUGAAUCUUUAGAAGACUCCUGAAAGAUUUAAGCAAGUUGAUAAUUAUAUCCUUAAUUUAGAUAAGAUUUUAGGUUAGGGAUCUUUUGGUUCAGUCUACCAAGCAAUAGAUAUGAAAAAUGGUGAUAGACAAGUUGCCGUUAAGCAGAUUUCUUAGACAUCUAUGAAUAAGAAUGCUGAUAAAUUAAUGCAAUUACUUAAAAAUGAAAUAAAAACUAUGAAAAUGAUUAAAGAUAAAAAUGUUGUGCAAUUACUUGAUGUUAGAAGAUCUUCAAAUAAUAUUUAUUUAAUAGUUGAGUACUGCAAUGGUGGUUCAUUAGAAUCUUAUCUCAAUAAAAAUGGUAAAAGAUUAUCAGAAACUGAAACAUUGCGCAUUAUUCGUGAAAUAGUUUCAGGCUUCAAAUGCUUGUACGAAUAAAAAAUUGUACAUAGAGAUUUAAAACCAGCUAACAUUCUUUUACAUGAUGGAAUACCUAAAAUUGCAGAUUUUGGUUUUUCUAAAGUAGUUGAGCAUAGUAUGGAACAAGCUGAUUUAGCUUCUUUAGUUGGUUCCCCAAUAUACAUGUGUCCUUAGAUAUUAAAUUGCUAGACUUAUAGCAGCAAGUUAGACGUUUGGUCUUUGGGAAUUAUAUUUUAUGAAAUGCUUUAUGGAAAGACUCCUUGGAAAGCCAAAAGCGUUUUUGAUUUAGCAAACAAUAUAAAUAACACAAAUUUAGAAUUUCCAUCAGCUCCAGUAGUCAGUAAGCGUACAUAGCAACUGAUAAAGAAUAUGUUGCAAAAGGAAGAGGAAAAAAGACUUGGAUGGGAAGAUCUAUUUAAGAUAUUCCUUAGUGAUAUGGAAGAGGAAGAGGAGGAAGUUGAUUAAUUUGAAGAGGAAAAUGUUGUAUUAAAGGGAAGUGGAUUGAAACUAAGUCAUACUAUGGAGGAAGAAAAUCUUCAUAAAAAAUAAAUGGGUGACAUAGAGACAAUUAAGAAAACUCAAGAGCUAAAUAAGAAUUACUUCAAGAAAAAGAAAGCUUUCAACUCCAUUCAUGAUGUAGAAUUGUAUGAAGCUAAAUUGCAAAAGCAAACUUCCAAAAACUAAAACGCUAUAGAAUAAGAAGAAUAGAUGACUGGUAGCUAAAAAAAUAUUGUUUGCAAAAGUGAAACAAAAUCGGGAGACAUAUCUACUUUGUAAAAGGAAGCUUCUUAAAACAACACAGAUUAAAGCAAUAUAGAAGAAAUUAAUGAAAGUGUGAGAGAUUAAUACAUGAGCAAAUUUGAGCAAUACACUUAAGAAGAUUAGAAAAAGAAAAUCAUUUAAGAAAUUGGGUAAUGGGUAUUGCACAGAAGAAAUAAAGCAGUGUUUUUAAAUGCCAUCACAAUCAAAUUUUAUGACUUGUUCGAUUAGUAAAUUAUUGUUAUGAAUAUGCAGAGCUUUUACAGAGUUAUGUUCUUGCUUUCUAAGUACUAAACUAUGAUUAUAUAUCGCAUUUAGCAAAGACUUAAAACUAAAGUUUUGGAAAAAAGCAAGAAAUUUACUUAAGAGUAGUGGAAAGUCUUUGUCAAAAGUAAAGAAAGACUCUAAUUAUUAAAUUUCAUAGAGAAAGACUUUGAAGUGAUUAAGCAAUUCUUUGAAGAACUUAUGAAGAAGGCAGGAAAUUAUUUUGAAAAUUUGAUUCAAAGCAAAACAAUUAAAAAAGAAGAAGAGGAAUAAGUAAAAAUGAUGCAAAGCAUAUGCAAUAAAACAUUGAUAGAAAAAAACAAAUUCGAUAGUAUUUAUUAUCAAGCACUCUGCGAAUUCUAUACAUUCUUCAAGCAAUAUUGCUUUGAAUAGAACUUCCUAGAAAAUUAAGAUAUGAUGGCCUUCUUAAUGCACAUCCAUAACGCCACAAACAUAAGAAGCUUUUUCAAAUAUACUCGUGAACCCAAAUUUGAUUUCAUGAAAUAUUAUGAAGAAGUUACUAGAGCUCCUGCAUCACUCUUGUAGAGAAUUCUCUACAAGUAGCAAAUUUAGCAGUCUCAGUAAUGA